AUGUCGCGACUCACUAUGAAAGGGAAAAUCAUAGCAGACGGUCGAGCUUACGAAGUGUAUACUUCUCAAAAAGAAGUACAAGAAAUUCAGAAAAAACUCAAUAAUAAAGAAAUCGAGCGCAAACAGCAGUUAAACAAAUCUUAUCGGCGUCUCAAUAAUUGAACACCACUGGGAGCCACUAUGGCUCAAGAGGAGAUUUUCGAGAGUUCAUUUGAGAACGACCGUUUUUUAAUGGCGCUUGAAGAUGACAAUUUAUUUCGUCCACGCCAAAUUACUGAUCUGGAUGCAUCACAGAGCAUUGAGAAUGCCACGCAGUAUAACGACGAGAAUGUCAAUGCAGAUUCCGAACCAUCGCGCGGUGCUACUCCCAACAAAUUACCUUGUACGAGCACUUUAGCUGCAGCAAUCGCACGUUUAAAAGCACAAAUGUCUAAGCCCUUCGGUUCACUGCCUCCAGCGUAUCCAAAUUCAUGUUGUGAAAACACAGAACCAGAGGUACCCACAAGCAGCACUAAAGAUCUGCGAAAAAACAAUGAACAGUGUGUGGUUGAGAAGCAAAAGCCAAAAGAAAAGACACAUAAAUCGAAGGAUCAACGUCAGUUUGCACCACCAGUACCGCCAACGACAACGUCGAAAAGCAAAAAAUCACAAAAUCGUCAACGCAAAUCAAAGGUUAAGCGAUUGGCACAAAAGUUCAACUCAAAACUAUCCCAAUUGAUGUGUCAUGAGUCAACCGAGACAAAAGAGAACAGCGUAGAUAACGAAUCGGAUGAGGAAGUAAAAGUUGAAGAGUUGCAUACUAGCAAGCUGCCAGUUGUGCUCAAGCCUAAUCCAGAACGGGGUAGCUGUUUGCCAAAGCAACGUGUCCCUCCACGCCAACUGCCACGUAAAAUACGUGAACAACGCUACAUCAAUGAAAUGAAAAUCCUACAGGAUUCACGAAAACGCUGCAUUGACCCAGUCAGCUCAAUGUCUUUCGAUACGUUUGGACCACCGAAGAAAAUACACCGCACUUGGACCGAACGCUUCCAAUCAAAGGCGAGCUAUCGGAACAUGCUGAUGGAACGUAUGUUCUGCAAUUGGAUCACGGAGAAAUAUGGUGUCACUUUCGAUAUCCACUCAGUAGAAAACAACGAGGAUUCUUUCACAAAUGCUGACGAAGCGAAUACCUUAAAAUGUCCAGUCAUAUCGAAAUCGGAGUUUUGUUUAUUGUUUGGAAAGGCGAUGGUGAAGUUCGAUAGCGUAGAAUCGCGAGUAAUGCGACGAAACAGUACUCAUAAAGCAUUAAAAAUAAUUAAUGAUCCACGAGAGCAACAGGACACUAACAAAAGUGUUGAGAUUGCAUUGCCAAUUAGCCAAAUUGGCACUUCCAUCGAUGAAAAACUACCACAUGAAGCCUCCAAUCGAGUCCAAGGUAAGGUGAAACGUCAGGUGCCACAACCACCCACGGCAAUUAAUGAGAUCCGAGAACAGCUGAACACUAACAAAAGUGUAAUUGAAGCUGAAUUGCCAAUUAGCCAAACACAGGAACCCUCCAAUCGAGUCCACGGGAAGGUGAAGCGUCAGGCGCCACAACCCUCCACGACAAUUAAUGAGGCCCCACAACAGCAAGACACUAACAGAGGAGUAAUUGCGAGUGGAGCAGCGAAUAACAUAACAUCACCAGAUGGCACAUUGCAGAGCCCUAUAGAUAGCUUCAUUGAUCUUGGCUUUGAGACAGGUUCAAAUUAUACGGAAAGUCCUAAUCGUACAGCAGCACCAGUGAUUACACCAAAACAAAUGAAAAGUGCGUCACCGCCUUCCACCAAAUUAACGCCCGAAAUGGACAAACGUACGCAGCAAAAUAACUUUAGCUUUUCGCCGUCGACAGCGGAUAAGAGCUUGCAAAAUAUAUCACUGCCAAUCUUCAGCAGCAAUACCGCCCGCAUGAUAGAACAGGAAUUUAUUAGUCCCAUACGUACAGUUAACGGAGGCCGUCGCCGCUUGUGGCAGGCUAAUGAUUCACGUCAGAGUUCGCCAUCUAUGCAAGUUAUCUGUGAAGAUCCCUUGGAGCAUGUCGAACCGUCGAAAAUAGCGAACUCGCCGAUUAUCACUGAAAAUAGCUUCUUUAGUACCACUUUCAACUUAAUUAUGGCCAACAACACCGAGCAUCAAGAUAAGUCAUCAAAGUUUUGGGUAUGCGCUGUGGACUUUAAAAUUGCUCUGGAUAUAUUCUACAGCCCACCAGAUCGCCUAAACCUACUAAAUCAAAUAUUCAGCCAAAAGAGCUGUGAGAGUCAGGAUUUGUACUUUGGCAUCGAUGAUUAUAAAUUCUCUAUGCGUAAUGCAAUCGAAAAGACGGACAUCUCAGCGCGCAUACCUGCAGUGAAAGGCUGCUCUUACUAUUGGUUCUGCUCCGGUGAACUGGCUGUGCCAUUCAACGGUAAACGUUUAGCAACAGAAAAGAUUCAACGUUUGUUCAGUUUCAUAAAAGAUUCAACGACAGAUAAUAUGCGGCUACGUUUUGGCGUCGAUAACUAUGAAUUUUCUAGGGCGUCUGAAAACAAGGGAAACAGCAACAGAUUUUCAAUGCUUGCUGGCCCGCAUGAGAAACGCAGUUUUGCUAAUUCGAACUAUUCAAAAACAAGCAACCGAUAUGUCUCCGAAAAUGGUUUAAAAAUAGAUCCUAAAAAUUUACGCCAUACCCUGGAAUCGCCCCGCAAUGCGACUGCAAAAAACAGUUUUCACAAUGAAAAAAUUGAUAUCGAAACCUUGGAAAAACUCUUCCAAGAUGAUGCAAAAAGCUUAGAUGCCAAGAUGGACAGACUGAGACUCACACGAACGAUAUCAAAAAUGAUAAAUAACCUAAAGAAAAUAAAUAUUGAUUUAAAAGAAUUGGAAAAACGCAUGAAAAUGUAUUCGAAUCACUCGGGUAUGGCUAAAGCUAUCCUACCUCACUCCAAAGAAUCGCCGCUUUAUAUGCAAAAAUUGCGCAUCAUAACCUGUGCCAUCAACAGUCUUCUAAGCGAAAAGGGUUUCACGGCAUGCAGCAAGGAGCAGUUGGAGGGUUUUAUGCUCUUUCUCACACACUAUGCCCAUAUUUGUUUGGAAAGUUGCAACAAGCACAUGAUAAACGUGUUGGACGCACUAGUAAAACACCAUCAAGAAAAUAUAGACAAGGCAAAUAUUGAACUGGGGUUGGCUGAAGCCAAUGGCAACGAGUUGAAAAAGCCUUAA